AUGCCUCGACCAGACCUCAAAGCUAUAGGAGUGAACUAUAGGAGGAUUCCUGUCAUGACCAUCGGGCGGGACAUUUACUGUGACAGCCGUAUCAUUCUCCGCAAGCUGGAAGAAAUGUUUCCAGACGGGGCGCUUGGUGCGACCACAGCAGAGGGCAAAGCCAUCCAGAAGUUCCUGGAAAUAUGGACCGUUGAAGCUGGUCUCUUCGUGCGGGCAUCCCAACUCAUUCCUACCAGCAUGCCGCUCCUUAAUGACCCCAAGUUCACAAGCGACCGUGAAGACUACUCGGGCCGGUCCUGGAGCAAAGAGAAAAUCGCUGCCAACAGACCCGAGGCACUGGCGGCCAUUAGGAAUGCCUUCAAGUUCUUGGAAUCUACUCUGCUGGCAGAUGGCCGGAAUUGGGUGCUCAAGACAGACAAGCCGACCCUAGCAGACAUUGAAGCCAUCUGGACCUUUGAUUGGUUGAAUGGCCUCAAGGGAGCCCUGCCCCGGGAAUUGAUAUCUGAGAAGUCGUAUCCCAAGGUGUUUGCAUGGAUAGCGAGAUUCAACAAUGCACUCAGAGCCGCCAAAGCUCAAGCACCAAAAGCAGCUAGCCUCGACGGGAGCACCGCCGCAGAUCGUAUUCUCAAGGCCUCAUUUGCAGAGGAGAACCUACAAUUUGAUCCGACAGACCCUCUGGGAUUGCAGGAAGGCGCCGAAGUGGAGGUGUUUCCCACUGAUUCGGGUUCACGCCACCGAGACAGAGGAAAGCUCAUUGCGUUGACUGGCGAUGAAGUUGUAUUGAGCGCCCAGGUCAAGGGCACUGAAGUGCGGUUACAUUUCCCUCGAACCGGAUUCAGAAUCGGGGCCGCCAGUGCCCGCGGAAGUUCAAGGUUGUAA